CGGGUGCCUCCUCAUCCACAAGGACACUCUCUUGUUCAGAGUUUUUCGGUUUUAAGAAAGAUCUCUCUUUUUCUCUGGGGGGGGGGGAGACUUGGCAACAUCUUGUAGCCUCACUGAACAGACAUUCACGCCCCACAAGCACACCCAGCUCAAUGGACCAAACUUUUCUCUCUUCCUCCCCCCCCCUAACUAUUUGAUGUCCCAAAACUCCGAUCCAGUGGUCCCGGAGCCUCCCUCCCUCUGUCCAGUCCGCACCCCAAGAUGAGAAGAAGGAGGAGGAAGAGAAGCCCCCCUUUCCCUUGGGUCCUGGAGGCGGGGGCAGAUGCAUCUGGGACGAGCUGGGCUGGCCAAGCGGCAGCUGGGCUGUCUGUUGCAGCCGCCGGAGCCGAGGUGAGGAGAUGGGAGUCAACGAAGCCAGCGCAACUCCUCAACACAGCCCCGGAACGAAGGGCGCCCCACGUACGGGCUUGCUGUUCCGGGAGAUCAAGAGGCGUCCAUCACUCAUCCCCCUCAUUGGCUUCAUUGGACUGGGACUUGGUACUGCUGCCCUCUAUCUUUUGAGGCUGGCCAUCUACAGUCCCGAUGUGAGCUGGGAUAGGAAGAAUAAUCCAGAACCAUGGAAUCAACUGGGUCCUAAUGACCAAUACAAGUUCAUGGCUGUCUCCACGGACUACAAAACUCUGAAGAAGGAUCGCCCAGACUUCUGAGGGUGCCAUGGCCAUUUUCCAGCUCCUACCAUGAUCAGGAAACGAGUAGGACCACUUACUGCUUUGCACUGCCACAUCCUCUGCUCUCGCCUUGGGCCUUUAAGUGCCUCCCACUUAAAUUGUGUGUAUGCCUUAAAUUGUGUACAUGCUGCUGCUUCCUGCCUCUGUGUAAUUUGCUUAUGCCACACCAAGGAUGACCAAUAAAAUAUCUACAGCCCAUUUAGCAGAAGCAAAGGGAAUUAUUAACCUGUGCUUUCUCUAUGAAAUGCCUUGGAUGUUGCAGUAACAAGCGACUCAUUUAUUAAAGGUGGUGGGGAUGGGGAUAAAAUGAGAAAGAUGGGAACAAAGCAUGUUCCUUUUGGGUCCUAUGGAGGCAUCUCAGUUCAGUAUUUUCCAACCCCUUCCUGUGAAUGUCCCUGACCCCCAUUUGCUGCAUUUCCUGUCUCCCACACUCAAAUUUAUUAUUCCCACAGAGAAAGGACAGCAUCAGAAAAAAGACUGCAGAGCCAGUAGUGCUGACUGAGGCCUUAGGAGGGUGCUAUCCAUAAGAGAGUCAACUCUAGGUUUGGAGGUCCAAGAGGUCUUCUGUAUCUUUAAAAGUUGUGCAGGGGGAAGGGAGAAUUCCACCUUGUGGUUUUUCCCAUUGCAGGGUUGCAAGAAAACCUGCACUUGGCUGAAUUUUCUCUUCUCUUAAAGAUACAGAAUCAUUCUCAGACCCUGAGCCUGGUAACCCUAAUCCAUCAGCAGUUGGCAAUGUGGUAAUUUGUAAGUCGGGCAAUGGCACUGUUAUCCUUAUGUGUCUGAGUAUUAUUAUAUCUGCAUUUGAAUAGUGUGUGUGUAUAUAUAUAUAUAUGUUAAUUUGCACACAGAUAUUUGGGUACAUUAUGUUAUAUAAAUAUAAAAAUAUAAAGCACUCUGUGCUUACAUACUAUUGUGCAUACUAUCCAUACAACUGAGCACCCAUACAACCACCGUCAUUUAUAUUAUGUAUGCCUUAUUGUCAGGCUUUUGUUUUAUUUGAACCAGGGCCAACUAAGGCUCAGAGCCAGAAAUCUGCUUUCUGUGCCAAGCCCAAAACACAGCCUUGGAAUAUGCAAAGUAGUAAUAAAGAGUGUUCCUUUGGGCAUUUCCGAGUGCUUUUCAUUCACCAACUAAGCACAGCCCAUUUCUACACAUGUGGGUUAAGCAGAAACAGAAGUACCGCUUCCUGUAUACACACAUACACAACUCAAG